CUUCUCUUUGCCAGCAUACGCUGCCUAGAUCAUUUCGUUUUUCCAUUUCCCCUUUGGAGCCUAAUUGUUCUUGUUGCGCUCGCUUAAUAUAGUAACCGGACAUAAUCGUUGACAGGUUCUUGCACACCCGCAACCUUGAAUUGCCUAGCUGGAAGCAGGCUCCUCCUACGCUCUUACUUCCUAGAUCAUUACAAUAAUAACACAGCCAACCGGCUACCUGCCGCUUUGCGGGCAUUGGCGCCACGAUUGUAGUGCGAGAGGCCAAUAAUAUAGUCCUCGCUGCUGGCAUAUUGCGUCGCCAAUUCCCACGAUGGCCUCUAAUGCCAAAAGCAACGGCGAUAACGCGCCAACCGCAGUACGCGUGUCAACGCACCUCUUGAAGCCGGGCGAGGACCCGCCGCCGGGCGUGCGCGUGUACGCAGAUGGUAUCAAGCCCGACCAAAAGCAGAACGUUUUCGUCACCAUGCUCGCCGCCGUCACCCUCUCCUUAUACGUCGGCUUCCUGAACUACUUUGUGAUCCUACUCAUCCUGUCGUUCUUCAGCCGUACGGCGCUGUAUGUCGUACUUGCCCUCCUGGGCACGCUGCUGCUGCCGUGCAAGCCCGUGCUGUGGCCCGCCUUCAACAAGCUCUGGCUGUUCAAGACCUGGCGCCACUACUUCCACUACAGCUUCCUGAUCGAGGAGCACCUGGACCCCAACAAGCGCUACAUCUUUGUCGAGUUCCCGCACGGCGCCUUCCCCAUUGCCCCCAUUGUUGCCGGCACGCUGAUGCAGACGCUGUUCCCGCACAUGAUGAUCUACAGCGUGGCGGCCUCCUCCGUCUUCUACAUCCCCUUCUGGCGCCACUUCAUCACGUGGAUUGGCUCCGUUCCCGCCACCUCCUCCAACUUCAAGCGCCUGCUGCGGAAGGGCAGUGUGGCGGUGGUGGUGGGCGGCAUCGCGGAGAUGUACAUGGGUCACCCGCAGCGCGAGCGCGUGAAGCUGGUGGGUCGCCGCGGCUUCGCCAAGAUCGCGCUGGAGGAGCAGGUGGACGGCAUCGUGUGCGUCUACUACUUUGGGCAGAGCCAGCUGCUCAGCUUCGGCCCCGCCUGCCUGGCUGGCGUGUCGCGGCGGCUGCGCACCUCGUUCGGCUAUCUGACGGGGUGGAUGGGGCUGCCGGUGCCCAAGCCGCUGCCGGUGUACAUGGUGAACGGGAAGCCCAUCCCCGUGCCCAAGAUCCCCCGCGACUCCCCCGACUUCGACAAGGAGGUGGACAAGCUGCUGUCCGCCACCAUCAAGGAGCUCGGGGAGCUGUACGACAGGCACCGGGCGGAGUACGGCUGGGCGGGCAGGCCGCUGUCCAUCGAGUAGAUCACCUGGCGUCGAGUGAGGUCUGGCUGGUAGCUGGAUGCUGGAAGCUGUUAGCUGGCAGCUGGUGAUGAAGCAACGGGUAGACGCCGGGUUUGCCGUCCCUGCCUGCACUCAUGUGGUGCAGGCAACUUGGAGAGAUGGGAAUUCAAGGAGGGAUGCAGGGACCUCUGUGGCCCUCUGUGGGCGGAAAGGCUGCGACAUGCAUGCCUUGAUGGUGGUGUGUGACGGUGGGGAAGGGCUGGGUUGCU